AUGUCUUUCCUUCUCUCCAAGGUCAGAAAGCCCAAUAGUGGGCACAAAGUCGACUCCAAGGAGACAAACCCGGCGCACACGCGCAUCGUCGCCACUUCGUAUACGUCAAAGAAAGUGGACAUUCCGGACGAUUUUCUCAAAUUACCCGCACCAGAUGCACAGGCAAUCACCCUCCAUACGGUGAACUUUUCCGAGUCGAUUUUGCCCGAGUACGAAGGCCGCUACGCCGUCGUGCUCGAUAAUGUUAUCAGCCCGAGUGAGUGCAAGCAGCUCAUUGAGUACGCGGAGCAGAGUGCUGGUGCGAGUGACGAGGGAGUAGACAAUAACGGUUGGAAGGCGGCGAUGGUAAAUGCAGGUGUUGGCCGCGAGGUCAUGAUGACCGAGUACAGAAACUCGGAUAGGAUUAUAUGGGAUGAUCAAGAGGUGAUGAAUCGCUUGUGGGAGCGGUGUACCAAGGUGGAUGGUGUCCUCGAGGAGAUUGGCACACUGGAUCACAAGCCGCUCAUCCAGGGACGCCGCGGACAGAAUAGUCGUUGGAUCUUCUCAAGAUUGAACGAACGCAUGCGAUUCUUGAGGUAUGGUCCUGGGCAGUUCUUCAAAGAACACUGUGACGGAAUGUAUUCGACACCAGAUAAUACGGAGCGCUCAUUCGUCACACUCCAUCUCUACCUCAAUGAUUCUGUACAAGCAAUUACACCUGGCCAGCGCACUUCGGACCGAGCAGUCUCCUUCCCUCCCCCCGUACAAACACCGAAUCCUUUGUAUCUCAGUGACGAGCCAUUAGAGGGAGGAUCUACACCCUUCUUAUCCUCGGACCUCAGUCGUCGAAUCGACGUCCAUCCAAAAGCCGGUCGUGUACUCCUGUUUCAGCACGCCGACCUUCUUCACUCGGGCGACUAUGUGACCUCUGGCAUCAAACAUACCAUGCGAACCGACUUGAUGUACAAGCGUGUACCCAAGACAGAUUAA